AUGUCCAGAAGGUGCGUUUGUGCUUCGGUGGAAUUCUUGCGCGCGGACGUGAGCAGCUUGUCAGACCUCAGAGCCGCACUGCAGCACCAGGGCGACUCCAUCACGGGAAUCAUACAUGCCGCAGGACUUGUCAAUGAUGCCAAGCUUGAGGACAUGGAUUGGACGAGCUUCCAUGAAGUACUGCGCCCCAAGGUGCACGGCGCUUACCAUUUGCAUCGGCUCACAAGGUCAGAUGUUAGACUCUCCAUUUUCACUAUGUUCUCAUCAUCCAGUGCUGCCCUUGGUUCACGCCGGCAAUGCAACUACUUGGCCGCAAAUAGCUUUCUGGAUGCUGCAGCGUUUUUUCGACAGGAAGCAGGGCUUUGCGGCUUGAGCAUUGGGUGGAGUGCGUGGGAUGUUGGCAUGGCGCAGAGACUUCCCACACCUAGUGGCAUGCGCAAGAUCUCAACUUUGGAGGGGGUUGAAGCUUUCCAAAGAGUAUGCUGGGCUCAGCUGCCUUUGGCUCACAUUCUUCCUGUGCAAGUGGAUUGGCUAAGUUACCUGACAGCCUAUGGUAAGAUUCAUGGUACCGCCAGCUGCCUGCAACACCUUGCUUACAACUCCGCCAGGCAGGCCUCGUCAGAAGAUGACCGAAGCCUGGCCCAGGCCUUGUCAGAGAAGCUGCAACAGAUUUUGCGCUGCAAUUUCGACUUGACAGAGAUUGAUGAGGAGACUGGCUUUGGUGAGCUCGGCUUAGACUCAUUGGAUUUGGAAGAGUUUGCCACCAGGGUCGCCGAGGAGGUAGGAGUGACGAUUGGUGUGAUAGAUCUCUUUGAUUGCUCCAACAUUGCAAUGCUCGUGGCAUUCCUGCUGAAAAGAGCCCGAAAGAGCCCCGAGGAGCAGGGUCUGCUCGGAGUACUACAAGGGCCACUGUCCAAUGACAACAAGUUCCCUGCAGACAGACAACUAGUUUGGUCUCUGCAGACAACUGCAAGACCUGGAGCGUGCCAUAGCUGCAUUCUUGGAGUUGCGUGCCGCUAUCCGGGAGGAGUGAGCAGUAUUGAUGAGCUGUGGCACACUUUUGCCAGCGGACAGGACUGCGUCGAUACCCUUCCUGCAGACAGAUGGGGCCCCAGGUUGGCCGAAGAGAUCUACACAGAUAGCAUUGCUCACUUGGACCAAUUAGAUUCCUUUGACGCUGGGUUUUUCAAUGUACCUCCUGCAAGUGCCAAGUUCAUGGAUCCACUGCUGCGUUUGAGUUUGGAGUCUGUUUACCACGCAUUGGAAGACGCAGGCAUUGUGGGUGGAGAUGUUGACGACACAACAGCUGUGGUUGCAGGAUACAUGACGGCAGAUUUUCUUCAAGCCUUUGGGAACGGCCGCGACGCUGCAAUCCCAGCAGGUACGAUGCAAGGAAUGUUCCCAGGGCACAUCAGCCACUUUUUCAAUUUCACUGGUCCUUCGAAAUGCUGUCAAUCAACUUGCUCAUCCUCUCUGGUUGCUCUGGAUGCAGCCAAGAAGGAAGUUGAGUUUGGGUCUUGCACUCGAGCAGUGGCUCUGGGUGCGAAUGUCAUCCUGAGCCUUGACUUGAUGGUGCAGGCGUGCAAGAUGGGGAUGCUGUCGAGGAAGGGCAGAUGCCUGAGCUUUGAUCAAGCAGCUGAUGGCUAUGUGCGCGGUGAAGGUAGCGGUGUUGUUCUCUUGGGCAGCCAGGUUAGCCACAUUGCGCGUGGUACGUUGCUGGGGUCUGCGAGCGGGCAUAAUGGCCACAGUGCUGCAUUGACUCAGCCAAACCCCAAAGCUCAACAGCGCGUGAUUGAGCUGGCCAUUCAUCACAGUGGCGCUAGCGCUGUUGAUGUGGGAUAUUUGGAGGCGCAUGGGACAGGCACACCUUUGGGAGACCCUAUAGAGGUGAAGGCUUUGCGAGGUGUUUUUGCCGGAGUGUACUCCCAAUCCUCCCCUCUAUUCGUGGGCACUGCCAAGAGUACAUUUGGUCACUUGGAAGCUGCUGCUGGGAUUCUUGGUGUGCAUCGAAGCCUUUGCUGCCUUUUGCACUCAUGCAUCCCUAGACACAUUUGGCUUAAGAAUUUGAGUGAGCGUGUGGUGGAGGAGAUGGGGGAAAAGGCUUCGUGGCGCCACAUUGUCGGUGAAGAGACUUCAUGGAGAGGGAACAUUGCAGGUGUCAGCAGCUUUGGCCUGAGCGGAACCAAUGCGCAUGUGAUGGUUCAAAGUGUGUCUCCGUCAAUUUCGCACUCACCUGGCAUUGGGACGCCAGUUGUCCAACAUUCUUUUCCGUGCAUUUUGGUAUUUUCAGCCAAGAGCUCGCACUCGCUUGAAGCUUUGAAGAUCAAGUACACGCGCAGCUUGAGUGAUCCGUCGGCAAAUACAUGGGAGAUUUGUUUGGCUAGUGCUGCUGGAAGAGCGCAUUUCCCACAUCGCUUUGCAGCAGUGGGUGGUCGUGAUAGCUUGUUGGAUGCCCUCAGACGCCCAUGUGUGCCCACCAAGCUCCAGAAAUCAAGGCCAGUAGUUCAUGUGGAGGUGGAGGCAGAUCCAGGCAUUUGCGGCCAGGACCUGUGUGAUCGAAAUCCGGUCUUUCGCACUCUGGUGGAUCUUUUUGGAUCACAUUUCGCGCAAGUGGAGAUGCCGCUGGCCCUAGCUUCUUUGUUGGAGAGUUGGGGUCUUCAAGUACAGCUUUCAGGCAGUUCUGUAGAAACCUUGUCCAAGCUUCAAGAAGUUGUGCAGAUGGGUCGUGCGUGGGCCGUCGGAAAAUGGGAUGUCCGUGCACUUAAGAAGAAGGUCUCCUCAUUUCCCUGGCCUGGAUAUGCUGGAGACAGGCUGAGGGUUCGAAGCUUGCAGUUGCAACAGACCGUUUUUGCUCUCAAUGGGGAUUUCCUACCAGCUCUUUUGGAAUUGCUUGCGCACCUGUACAUUGGUUGGGAGAGCACAUUGGAUUGGAGAAGCUUCAGUGCUAGCUUUGGGCAGACUGAGCCCCUGAGGUCUUUGCCACUGUAUGCCUUUGACAGGCAGGGACACUGGCCUCAGCCAUCAAUGUCUGCCGAGCUCUUCUUCAAGGACCCUGUCUCUGGUGCACUGUGGUAUACAGUGAAACUUGAGUUGGACGGGCCAUGGCGCUUUCUGUUGGAUCAUUUGAUGGAAGGCAAGGCAAUCAUGCCAGCUGCCACCCAGGUCGAACUCCUCUUGGAUGUAGCGAAGAAAGCAAUGAUGCAACUUGACAGACCUGUUCACCAAGUGAUUCUGAAAGACUUGGCUUUUCUUGCCCCGCUACAGCUGGACCACAGUCCCUUGAAAUGUAUGAUCAGCUGCCUUGAGCGUGAGGAUAGCUUGGAACUGAAAGCCUUCGAAGAAAGCAAUAUCUUUUGCCAGGCCCGGGCUGUACCAAGCCAAGAAGACCAAUCACCAGAACAUUUUGCACACAUGGUGUCACGACGGGAGGGAUCAAAGAUGAUUGAGUCUGAGCAAAUUUACCGCGAGUUCUGUGCGGUCGGCCUUGACUACCAGAAGAGCUUUCGGGUUUUGCAAAAGGCAGAGAUUUUCCAGGGUGAGGUGUGGGCAGAGAUCACUGCCGAUUUCUUUACGACAUGGUUGGAUGGGGCCUUGCAAGCCUUGGGAUUGGCCCUCAGCCACCUUGAAAGUCUGAUGCCCAGGGCCAUUGGCAAAGUACAAAUCUUUGCAGACCCUCACUCUUUGCAUUCCAUCCUCAGAAUCACUAGACUCUAUGCAUCUUGGACCCCACGGCCAGUCGUCAAAUGCUUUGAUGCCUCCGGAAAGGUUGUAGCUUUGCUGGAAGACAUUUCAGUCCAGUCGCCCGGCCGACGACCAGGAACUUACCUUCAAGAAAGACCUGCUCAAAACGCUGGUCCUUGGGCUCCGGAGAGUGUCUUUUUCCAGGAAAUUUGGGCUCCAGAAAACUCGAAGCUUCUUGGUUUGAUGCAGCGUGAGCAAGAGACUUUGGUCGCCAAGAUGGCCGAAAGGGCUGGUGGCAAGGUCUGGGAUACCAAGCAGGAGGAGGAGAGGAGCAAAAAGCUGAAUGAUCUUGCGCGGGCGUAUAGUGUGGAGAUCCUCAGCCUUGGAACCUUGGAGGGCUUGCCGCAUUGUGCAAAGCUGAAGGAGAAUCUUCAACACGCUUUGCAGCGUGCCACAGUGCAUGACUCACUGGCAAAGGACUUCUGUGAGGGUCGUGUUUGCAGUGCUGCAACACAAAUUCAGCUCCGUGCCGAUUUGGUGGAACCUUGCCCAGAACUUGCGAUUCUUCGGAAAUGUGGAGACCGUUUGGCAGCAGGCCCUACUCUAGCCGAGGAUGCAGAUGUGCUUUCCCUAUUGUCUCCGGAGAAAGAUGAGCUGUACGAACAUGGUAUCAGUUCCAGGGCCGCCAAUGACUUCAUUGCUGAAUGCGUUUCGGCGGUGCAGCAUGUGGCUCCCAAGCGUACAAGCAUCCUGGAGAUUGGCGCCGGCUCUGGUGCGACGACGAAAGCUAUCUUCAGCCACUUUCAACCAGCGCAAUACCACUUUACCGACCUUUCAAAGGCUUUCUUCAAGAAAAUCGAAGGACGACUUGAUGUAUCAACAGCGAUCCUGAAAAAGAUCCAUGUCAGCAAGGUUUCGCGGGUUUGCGUGCCUGGCGGCAUUCUGCUUCUCUCUGAAACAGUUUGCAAUGAUGAGUGGCUGGACUUGACCUUUGGCCUUUUAUCUGGUUGGUGGCGCUUCACAGGCUCAGACCCAGACCGUUCCAGCACAUUGCUCUCUUUGUCGAGCUGGCAGAGACGUCUGCGGGAAGAAGGCUUCAGGCCCCUUUGCCACUUCGGGGGCCGACAAGUGGUGAUCCUCGCCACGGCGGAAUCUGAGUCCAUCGCAGCUGCUCCAAGACCUCCAAGUGGAAGCUUCGUUUGGCUCGUGAAGCCGCAGAUGCCAAGUGCACGAGCCGAGGAACUCAGCAGAUGGCUCAUCAAGCUAUUGAGGCUUCGCAGAAGGUUGUGCAUGCUUGACAUGGAUCCGGCGGUGACUGGGGCAGUCGAAAUUUCAGCCUGGGCUGCUGCCCAACUACUUUGGAGAAGACAUGAAGAACCUCAAGAGAUAGUUGUCCGGGAGGAAUGCAUCCUCAGAAGCAGCAUCUCAGAGUAUUCACCACCAAUCUUUAAGGGCCUGGACUUAGCUGGGGAGACUUGCUUGGUGGCUGGCGGUGGCGGCGGCUUAGGACAGGAAGUGGUGAAGUUCCUGCUUGACCAUGGUGCGGCUGUCACGGCUAUUGGACGUACGGGGUCAACAGAAUUGCGCUUUUCCUUGCCUCACCAGGCAGAGUAUGCGCAAGUUGAUAUCAGCCAGCCUGACCAGCUGGAGCAGGUAAUUAAGCGCGUAGCCCCAAGUCAGGUCUUUCAGCUCGCUGGAGUUUUGAAGGAUGCAGGGCUCAAGGAUUUGACAUGGAAGAAGUUUGAAGAUGUACUGAAGCCUAAAGUCUAUGGGGCCCACUACUUGCAUUCUUUUUCACCAAGCGCUAGAGGCUUUGUCUUGUUCUCGUCCAUGGCUUCCAUCUUGCCCUUCCAGGGCCAGAUCAACCAUGCAGCCGCCAAUGCCUUUUCGGAUGCUUUAGCUCACGAGCGAAGACAGUCCGGUCUUGAAGGUGUUGCCAUCAACUGGGGCCUGUGGAUGGAAGUUGGAGCUGCAGCUGCAGCCGGUGCUUUGGAGAUGGGUCGCAAGCAAGGCAUGAGGGCCAUGUCGAACCAAGAGGCCUUGGCAGCGCUUGAGCAGGUUCUGAACCCCAACCUCAGGGUGGUCCAGGUAGCUAUUUGCCCCACGAACUGGUCCCAAUAUCGACGGAUGCACCGGCACAUCGACCGCAGACUCCGAAAGCUCCCAGCUUUUGAAACCUGGUUGGAACCUUCGAAAGCAACGUUGGGAAAGGUGAACGUUGGUUCUUGGUCACGGGACUUGGUCGUCAAGCUGUUGCAAACAGUCAUGGAAUGGGACAUGCAGCAGUUGGAUGCAGAUAUAGAUUUUAUUUACCUCGGUAUGGAUUCUAUCUAUGCUCACGAAUUUGCCGAAGCAUUGAAGAAGGAGACAGGUUUGGUUUUGCAAGCUUCCUUUGUGCAAGGCUCAAGCAUAAGCAGCUUGAUCAAUCACCUAGAUGCGCAAAUUUCAAGCUAUGAACCUGAACAAGAUGCCUCAAACCAGGCAGAUCUUCAGAUUGCAGGUGCCCAGCACCUUGACCGACGAGGUGAAAGCUUCAGCCCCACCCGAGGUGAGACUCAUGUCGUGGGUCUGGGUGUCCGCACGAGUGCUGCGCUUUCGCAGGGGGAGUUCUGGCUGCAGUUGCUGGCCGGAGCGGGAGUCGGCAAAGUUCCAAACAUGAGGUCAAACUUGGUGGUUGAGGUUGACCAGGGCGGUUUCUUGGAAGAUAUUCACAGCUUUGACUGGGCAUUCUUUGGUAUACAGUAUGCAGAAGCGCAACUCAUGGAUCCACAGCAGAUUUUGCUCAUGGAGGCCACCUUUCAUGCAAUUCCAUGCGAUCUUGGGCGUGGUGUCGGGGUGUGGGUUGGAAUCGGGGCCAGCGAGAACAUGGAGAUGACUGCUCAAGCUCUUGAUGGCCAAUCUCAGCCAGAUUGGCGAGCAAAAUCUGGGAUCUUUGCAGUCGGGAACAACCGUAGUGCCACCGCCAGCAGAUUGUCCUUCUUCUUCAAUUGGCAAGGCCCAGCUGUGGCUCUGGAUACUGCGUGCUCCUCAUCUUUGUUUGCUUUGGAUGCAGCUGUCAGAGUCUUACGGGCGCACGAGCUUCAAUCAGCUCUAGCCGCUGGUGUGAAUGUCAUUCUUUCACCGUGCCUCAUGCGACGAUAUGCUUCUAUGGGCAUGCUGUCGCCCUCAGGCAGCUGCCGAACCUUCGACCUGUCAGCUGACGGUAUUGUUCGAAGUGAGGGCUGUGGAGCUCUGAUGUUAUGCCAAGAGACACGUGGCAUCCAACGGGAAGCUCAAAUCUUAGGUUUGGCGACCAACAACAAUGGCUCUGCUGCGUGCAGUGCCGGCCCGACUGGAAUCAUGUGGCCAUCUGGCAGAGUUCAACAAGAGCUCAUCAACUUGGCCAUGAAAGAUGCCGGCUUGAAGUCGAUUGACGUUUGCUUUGUUGAAGCCCACGGUACGGGCACAAAACUGGGUGAUCCGGUUGAAGCUGCAGGGAUUGCAUCCAGUUUGGGCCGCCUGCCAGAUGGCAACAACAUUUUUGUUGGCGCUUGCAAGUCUGUUCUUGGCCACCAUGAGGCCGCAGCUGGAAUGAUGGGUGUGCUGAAAGCCAUCAAGUCCUUGGCGUACAGCUCUUUGCCAUCCAACCAGCACCUGGUGAUCUUAAACCCGCAUAUUCAUGGCGCUGAUCUGCAGUUUGCAGCUUCCACCUUGUCUAUGACUUCUUCAGGGGUUGCUGGCGUCGCAGGUGUGAGCAGCUUUGGAUUCAGUGGAAGCAAUGCGCACGUUCUCUUGGAAGGAUCAGCAGGCUUCAACAAUGGCUCUCACCACCCCUACCUUUGGACGAAGCUCCAAAGCUUGGUGCCAUUUUUGAGCACAUCACCACAUGACCACACAGGGCAUUUGUUUGAGGCAAGAGGGGAUCUUCUUCCGUACAUUCUACCACUCACUGCAAAGCCAGACGCCUUUCCACAUUUGUGUGUUCAAGUGGACCACCUAUGCCAGACUGCCGGUGCCUAA